AUGGCGCCCGCGGACAUGGCCGCCACUUCCAUGCCCGUGGCCAGUCCCAUUGAUGAACGGAUCCAUCCCUCGGAGGACACUUUGACACUGGCCGCGGCUGUGGCCGCCUCCAUACCGGCCGCACCGCUGGCACCCGCGCCAGCUGUGGCGGUGCCUGUGGCCCAGGUGUCGCCCACACAAACGCCAGCCCCAGCGGCUGCCCUCGAGACUGCGCAGGCGCAGGCGGAGACUGUGGCGGCGCCGUUGGAGAGACGCGGCAUACUCCAGCGUCUCUUUGGCUGGAACUAG